AUGGAUGAGCAGCAGAAUGCCAGUUUCACAUUACCAGGACAUUUUCUUCCAUCUGAUGACCCUCUCUUGAGAUACCUAAACAGCACAGAAGAGUAUCUGGCAUAUUUUUAUGGCCCAAAGCGCAGUCAUUUAUCGCUCCCCAUAACUCUUGUAUACACUCUGAUUUUCUUGGUGGGGGUCAGCGGAAACAUGUUGGUGUGUUUGGUAAUCCUGAAGCACCACAACAUGAGGACUCCGACAAACUAUUACCUGUUUAGUCUUUCAGUUUCUGACCUUCUUGUUCUGCUCCUUGGAAUGCCUCUUGAAGUAUAUGAGAUGUGGAGUAACUACCCUUUUCUCUUUGGUACUUGGGGUUGUUAUUUUAAGACUGUGCUGUUUGAGACUGUGUGUUUUGCCUCCAUCCUUAGCGUAACAACGGUCAGUGUGGAGAGGUACGUGGCCAUUAUCCAUCCUUUUCAAGCCAAGCUCAAAAGUACCCGAAGGAGGGCCCUUAGAAUCCUCAUUACACUUUGGAUCUUCUCCAUUCUUUUCUCUAUCCCCAAUACUAGCACUCAUGGCAUCGAAGUGAAGUACUUCCCCAAUGGAAGUCUUGUACCAGAUUCUGCUAUGUGCACUGUUGUCCAACCCUUGUGGAUCUAUAACUGUAUCAUCCAAGUAACAUCAUUGCUGUUCUACGUGCUUCCAAUGGGAGUCAUCAGUGUCCUCUACUGCCUGAUGGGUAUCAAAGUAAGUUGGAUGACAUCUAUUUACAUGUUUAAGCAUAUACCAUAA